GGGCAGGUGGGCUAGGCUGUGCCGGGUUGCGAAGGGGGAGAAUAACGUCGGGUCGGGUCAGCAGGCGCUGCAGUAGUCGCCGCAGCGGCGAUGGGAGCGGUGGGGACGCGGCGGCGGCGGCGGCGGCAGGAGGAGGAGCAGGGGCUGGCACGAGAGCAGCGGCUGGGGGCGGCCAGCAGCGGCAGUAACAGUAGCGACCGCCGCCGCCGCCGCCAGUGAACGCGACGGUACCCGAGGGGACUACCCAGACGGCCGGCCCUCGAAGCCGCGCUCGGGUCCCGCCGCAGUCGGCGGCGGGGGAUGGGCAGGCGGCGGCGAUCCCGCUUGCUGAGGGUUGACCCUUGGGGGUCCCGGCCCUGAGCUGGACUCCAGCCCUCCGCCUGAAAUCCCUGCGUCCACCCCGGCCCAGGUUAAAUGGAAACCACCCUUGGGAGCUGGAUGCUUGUGUAGCCGUCCUGUCGCAUCAGUGAAUUGCAAUGAGUGGAGGAGGAGAGCAGCCGGAUAUCCUCAGUGUUGGAAUUCUGGUCAAAGAAAGAUGGAAAGUGUUGAGGAAGAUUGGGGGUGGGGGCUUUGGAGAAAUUUACGAUGCCUUGGACAUGCUGACCAGGGAAAAUGUCGCACUGAAGGUGGAAUCAGCUCAACAACCAAAACAAGUUCUGAAAAUGGAGGUUGCUGUAUUGAAAAAACUACAAGGGAAAGACCAUGUUUGUAGAUUUAUUGGCUGUGGGAGGAAUGAACGAUUCAACUAUGUGGUCAUGCAGUUGCAGGGUCGGAACCUGGCGGAUCUACGUCGUAGCCAGUCCCGGGGCACAUUCACCAUUAGUACUACUCUUAGGUUGGGUAGACAGAUUCUGGAGUCUAUUGAGAGCAUCCAUUCUGUGGGAUUCUUGCACCGAGACAUCAAACCGUCAAACUUUGCCAUGGGGCGCUUUCCUAGUACAUGGAGGAAAUGUUACAUGCUUGAUUUUGGCUUGGCUCGACAAUUUACCACUUCCUGUGGUGACGUCAGACCAAUAUUACCAAAGUGCCAUCAAUUAAGGAAGCAUCAAGAGAUCACCUAUGUCAAGGCCCAGCCUCGAGCUGUGGCAGGCUUUCGAGGAACAGUUCGUUAUGCAUCAAUCAACGCUCAUCGGAACAGGGAAAUGGGAAGACAUGAUGACCUUUGGUCCUUGUUCUACAUGUUGGUGGAGUUUGUGGUUGGUCAGCUGCCUUGGAGAAAAAUCAAGGACAAGGAGCAAGUAGGCUCUAUUAAGGAGAGGUAUGACCACAGGCUUAUGUUGAAACAUCUCCCUCCAGAAUUCAGCAUCUUUCUGGACCACAUCUCCUCUUUGGAUUAUUUUACAAAACCAGACUACCAGCUUCUUAUAUCCGUGUUUGACAACAGUAUCAAAACCUUUGGAGUAAUUGAGAGUGACCCUUUUGACUGGGAGAAGACUGGAACUGAUGGCUCCCUGACAACCACCACCACUUCUACCACCCCUCAGUUGCACACCCGCUUGACCCCUGCGGCAAUUGGAAUUGCCAAUGCUACUCCCAUCCCAGGAGACUUGCUUCGAGAAAAUACAGAUGAGGUGUUUCCAGAUGAACAGCUUAGUGAUGGGGAGAAUGGCAUCCCUGUUGGUGUGUCACCAGACAAAUUGCCUGGAUCUCUAGGACACCCUCGUCCCCAGGAGAAGGAUGUCUGGGAAGAGAUGGAUGCCAACAAGAACAAGAUAAAGCUUGGGAUUUGUAAGGCUGCUACUGAAGAGGAAAAUAGCCAUGGUCAAGCAAAUGGUAUUCUGAAUGCUCCAAGCCUUGGUUCACCAAUUCGUGUCCGCUCAGAGAUUACUCAGCCAGACAGAGAUGUUCCUUUGGUGCGAAAGUUACGUUCUAUCCACAGCUUUGAGCUGGAAAAACGUCUGAUACUGGAGCCAAAGCCAGAUACUGACAAGUUUCUUGAAACCUGCCUGGAGAAAAUGCAGAAAGAUGCCUGUGCUGGAAAGGAAUCUGUUCUCUCUGCCCUGCUUCACAAGCCUUGUGUGCCUACCAGGGCCCACACUGACCACAUCUGGCACUUUGAUGAGGAAUAUCUUCCAGAUGCGUCUAAGCCUGCCUCUGCCAACACCCCUGAGCAGGCAGAUGGUGGUGGCAGCCAUGGAUUCAUAGCUGUGAACUUGAGCUCCUGCAAACAGGAGGUUGAUUCCAAAGAAUGGGUGAUUGUGGACAAGGAGCAGGACCUGCGGGACUUUAGGACAAAUGAGGCGUUAGGCCAUAAAACAACGGGAAGCCCUUCCGAUGAGGAGCCCGAAGUCCUUCAAGUCCUAGAGGAAUCACCUCAAGAGGAAAAGCUCCGAUUGGGUCCUUGGGCAGAAAAUGUUCACUUAAAGAAGGAAACCUCAGGUGUGAUCUUAGCACUUGCUGGGGAGUGCCCUGCCACUGCUGCUUCAGAACAAUAUACAGAGAGGUUAGAACUUCAGACUGGAGCUGCUAGUCAAUUCAUUGCGGCAACACCCACAAGUCCAAUGGAGGCACAAGCAGAAGGACCCCUUACAGCGAUUACAAUUCCUAGACCUUCUGUGGCAUCUACACAGUCGACUUCAGGAAGCUUUCACUAUGGUCAGCAGCCAGAAAAGAAAGACCUUCAGCCGGUGGAGCCCACUGUGGAACUUUACUCUCCAAGGGAGAACUUUUCCGGCUUGGUUGUGAUAGAGGGAGAACCUCCUAGUGGAGGAAGCAGAAUAGACUUGGGGCUUCAGAUAGAUCAUAUUGGUCAUGACAUGUUAUCCAAUAUUAGAGAGUGUGACAAAUCCCAAGACCUGGGACCAAAUGACCUUCCUGACCAUAACAGACUGGCUGUGGGGGAAUUUGAAAGUCUCCCUAGGGAAACUGAAGAGAAAAGCAUUCUUUUAGGGUCAGAUAAUGAAGAUGAGAAGUUAAGCAAAGGGCAGCAUUAUAUUGAGAUCUCCUCUCUCCCAGGAGACUUGGUAACUAUGGAACAGGAUCACUCAGCUACUACUGAAGCUCUUGAUAUGGUAAAAACACAGACUUUUAGCGUAGUGCCAAAUCAAGACAAAAAUCAUGAGAAAAUAAAGCUUCUGGCAGUUGAAACUUCAGAAAUUUCUCCACAAGUAAUUGACCUACAUGCUGAAGGACAGAUAGGCCAGGCAGCAAUGCAAAAAAGUAAGCUAUCUAAAGAUGAUGGCAUCAAGAUUGAAGACUUGCCGGGUCAUCAGGGAGACCUCUCUACUUUUUUGCGUCAAGAGGGUAAGAAAGAGAAAAUUGUCCCUAGAAAUGGAGAGCUAUUUCAUUGUGUUUCAGAGAGUGAGCAUUGUCCCCCAUCCCGGAAGGAAGUGGUUAGGUCAUCCUUCGUAACUAGACACAGCCGCAUCCCUGUUUUAGCACAAGAAAUAGACUCAACUUUUGAAACAUCCUCUCCAGUCUCUGCAAAAGAAAAGCUCUUCCAAAAGAAAGCUUAUCAACCAGACCUAGUCAAGCUUCUGGUGGAAAAAAGGCAACUCAAGUCUUUCCUUGGGGACCUCUCAAGUGCCUCUGAUAAAUUGCUAGAGGAGGGACUAGCCACUGUUCCUGCUCCCUUUUCUGAGGAAGAAGUCUUCACUCCCUUUUCAAGGCUGGCUGUAGACUCCCCACUGAGCAGCUCAGCUGAAGAUAGCUUUCUGUCACCCAUCAUCUCUCAGUCCAGAAAGAGCAAAAUUCCAAGGCCGGUGUCAUGGGUCAACACAGAUCAAGUCAGUAGCUCAAUUUCAUCUCAGUUUUUGCCUCGGCCACCACCAGGAAAGCCACCCAUGAGGCCCGGAGUAGAAGCCAGGCUCCGCAGAUAUAAAGUACUAGGGAGUAGCAAUUCCGAUUCAGACCUUUUCUCCCGCCUGGCCCAAAUUCUUCAAAAUGGAUCUCAGAAACCCCGGAGCCCUACUCAGUGCAAGAGCCCAGGAUCCCCUCACAAUCCCAAAACACCACCCAAGAGCCCAGUGGUCCCUCGCAGGAGUCCCAGUGCCUCUCCUCGAAGUUCUUCCUUGCCUCGCACGUCUAGUUCCUCACCGUCUCGGGCUGGACGGCCCCACCAUGACCAGAGGAGUUCAUCCCCACAUCUGGGGAGAAGCAAGUCACCACCCAGCCACUCGGGAUCGUCAUCCUCCAGGAGGUCCUGCCAACAGGAGCAUUGCAAACCCAGCAAGAAUGGCCUGAAAGGAUCUGGGAGCCUCCACCACCACUCUGCCAGCACGAAAGCCCCCCCAGGGAAGAGUAAGUCAGCCAGUAAACUCAGCAGAUAGGAGCCAGGCUGCAUCUCUGAGAGCCGUGUGAGAUCUUCCUCCUAAACCUGAUGCAUGUGUGUCCCUGUACUGUCUAUUUAAAAAAUCAGUGUUGAUUUUCUCUUGCAAAAGAAAGUAACAUGAUAAAUUAUUUCUAAGGAGACAUAAAUAUAUGAUAAGGAAUUACCUAAGGCAGGCAGCAAGCAGAUCAAGAAUCAAUGCCUUUGCAUAGAAAGGGGCAGUCUAGCACAGCCCAGGGGGAGAAACUGAUUAAAUGAACUCUCAUUUUUUUAGCUGCCUUUGAAACGAAAGUGUUGAAGGUAGGAGGUGGAAUGGAAUUUCACGGCAUUUGGCCUACUUGUUUUUAAGGCUCUACUCAAAGAUUAUAUAUCGCAAAAGUGAAACUUCUUAUUUUAAUAUUUUUGUUCAAAACUUCCCAACCAUGGAGAGUCAGAAUUGUCUGAUAUUAAAGUAUGUAAGAAGUCUGUUGCCAAGGAGCCAAUGCUGAUUGAGAUGUUCAUCUAGCGUAUUGAGAGUUCAUUCCUUUACUUUGCCUCAUUCCUAGUACCCUCCCUGGAUUUCACAUUUUUUAAAGUUAGUGCUUCUCACCUGAUCCAAUCUCUCUUUUAUUUGAACAAUACAUUCUAAUGUGCUUUUUUCGGGACAUGCUGAGAAUUUCAAAUCCAGUUACGUUUUUUAGUACCCUAGCAUUUUUCUUUGGAGCACCAUAUCCUCAGCAUAUUUUUAUUGUGAGAAAUAACUGAUGAAACUUAGGUAAGAAAACUUAGGAAGGAAAAGUCUAAAUAGUGCGAGUUUGCAGGCUGUAGUGCAUUAGGAAGAGAGGGACAGAGUGGGGCCCUUCAAGAUACAAGAACCCUCUUCCCCCUGUUAGUUUCCUCCUUAUGGAAGGAAAACUGACCAGUGUAGACCUUGCUUCUUAAGUCUCCUAGGUACCAACUAUUUCUGAUAUCAAACUCUUAAGAUGAUACCAACAAAGUACAAUGCCAUGGACUGUGACUGUAUGCUUUAGAGAUUUAGAAAGAAAAAUAGAAAUUAGGUAUGUUGUUGAGGCUUAUAAUCCUCAAACUUUGUGUUUUAUACAUUUAGCCAAUAAGGAAUGAGUAUCUGGGGAAAUAAAUUUAGAUUCAAUAUUUAUCUUUUAAUGUUUUAUUACCUGCUUCUCCUGUGCUUUAGUUUGAACAUUUGGGCUUCUUGACCUGAUUUCCAUGUAGUCUUCAAUUUAUAAAGCUGUAAGGAAGAUCAUGUUUGUUCUGAUCUCACUCUUCUGCUGACAGGAAUCAGGCAAAAUUAAAUCACAGUAGACUUUUUAAAUGGGCUCUUUUAUACUCUGUAGGUGUUUUUUGUGUUGUAAAGACCUCAUUAAGGUCAGGAAAAUUGGUCAGCUUGCUGUUGAAAUUUGCCUUCUAGCAAACAUCUGUGCUUUCUCUUUGACCUUGUGUUUGCUGCCAAACCUAACACGGUUGAAUUGGAAAACAAAAAAAAGAAAAAUAUAUUUCCUCACCAGGUGAACAUAUUCUAAUGCUGCAUUAAAGCUGCCCUGAAGCUGCACUGAACUUAUCUUGUUCUCUUUAUCUGUGUUGAGCUUUUUUUAAAAGAAAAAAAAAACCAACUCAAAACACUAUUGAGGCAUAUUUGGUCUCCCAUAAGAAGUGUAGCAUAGUAUGGAAUCUUGAUUUCUCUCCAGUUUCAAGUACUACAGAGGAAUGCAAUAGAUAGGACAUAUCUGCUGUUUACCUAAAGCAACUGUAAUACUGGAAGACCGAUGCUUCUGUAAUAUAUUGUACAAUAGUUGCUGUAACACAACUUGCAUGUCUUCAAUGGUAAAUUAUAUAAAUAUUUAUAAAUAUAUAGAGAAACAUAUGCUUAUAUAAACUCAUUCUUUCUCAUUCUCCAUUUGUAAUUUCAAGAUCACAGAUGGUGAAAUUCCUUUUUAUUGUGUGCCUCGCGUACACUUGGGCCUUGCCUAGCUUCAUUUUCUGAAAAUAUGUUCUUGGCAUGUGACACUUCAGAUUUUUUGCCUUCCUUGUGUUCAUGCAAGGGUUGGCAGUCUUCAACAAGCCAAGAUAGGUUAUUGAAUUUUCAUUUUUAAAAGAUCUUAAUAGGGGAAAAAAUUAGUAGGACAUGCUUGUAAUAGUGGUUCAAAGAUUUGCCAUGUUAAUCACAUAAUUCUGCCCUUAUGGUUAGAGUGGAUAAACUGGGAUGAUACUCAUGGGUCUCACGUAAAUUGUUCUUUAAAAAUCUCUGUAAAAUGACCAUUCUACUAUUCCUCUUCUCGCCUCACUAUUUUGGGGGGGGGUGUGGGGGAGUAAUCUACAAUUAAGAAAUUAUCUUUUUUUCUGUUGUAUUAACUAAAUUGUGCUAAAAGUAGCCAGCUUUAAAUCCUAACCCCAUUAGCCAGAAAUGUGUUCAUGGUAACCCUUGGAAAAGCUCACGAGGCUACAGUUAUGGUGUGUGUGUUGUUUUCUUAUUGUCAUUUCUCUGCGAGCAGUCAAAACUGACAGUGACGGCAACGUGGCAACUUAAUGUUUUCUCUCCUUCUUGGUUCCUUCUGUUUUUCUCCCAACUUUUCCACUGCUGCCCCCUUUUCUAAAUGGCACUGACAAACAUCCAGAAACAGCCUCAUUGUGUAAGAAUAUUUUAUUUUGCAUGUAGAGGAAAGAGUUAACCAAAGAUGUUUCUGCUUGAUACUUUCAAAAGAACACAGACUAUAUCUUAUAUAUCAAUAGGUCCACUUAAAAGUACUAUCUUAUAUAUUUACUUUAUGGUUUGUAAAAGCAGUUUGUGCUUAGAUGUUACAUAUCUCGGUCUAAGAAGAGAAGUUGGCCGCCCUGAACAAAGCACUUUUGGUACAAGGAUUUUUGUUUUUGUUUUAUUUUAAAGUAUGACACAGAGAAUAAGUUGUGUUGUUGAUGUUAUUUUUAGUUCUUUAUUUUUUUUUAAAUGAUAGCAUGUAUCAGAUUUCAGUGACAAACAUAGAUCAUCCAAGUAAUUUUAAAGCAGUUUGGUUAUUCUACCUAAGAUGAGGGACAUGAUCAUUAAUUAAAGUCAAGCCAAACUAUACUAGAAGUAUGGGGCAGAAAUUAAAAUUAUCUUUUGAAAAUCAAGUGCCUCAUGGUUUCUCCUAUCAUAACAAAAUUGCUGGUUACCUAGUCACACUUGCCUGUACCCUCUCUGUCUAAUCUCUGAAAUUACUUGAGUGGAACAGAACAUGGAAUUAGCAACAGUUUAGUCCCGUUAGCUAGCAUUUUUUCUAAAUUAUGCUGCCAAAUCUCCAGGGUUUACAGGUUGGUUAAAAUAUUAAGUAAUCUUUUGCAUAGCUUAAAGGCAUUUAACUUUAACAUAUAAUGAACAAAGAAGGAAAAUUGGGUCAUAUCAAAUUUAACUUUAAAGCACGGAUUAUAAACACCUUUGAAUGGUCUUAGGCAGGCACUGUCAUUCUCAACUUGGUGUGCAAGCUGGCCUUGCUGACAAUGGCAUAGCUACGUUUACUGUUUUUUAAGUUGCAUGUUGUGAAGUGACUGUUUUUUGUAAAAGCUGCCAAGUUAAUCAAGUCCUAAAUAAAUAGCAAAAUGGUAAUUGAGACCAUUUUAUUAUCCACUUUAUAUAAUUUGCUUUAAAAUACUAAACAAAUCUCAGCUGUUUAUUAAUGCAGUGCACUGGCUGUGCAGUAUUUGUUUAGCUCCUAGCCACUAUGGGAACUUGAGGUUCUUUAGUAAUCAUCAGGAUUCUUUCCAGGUCACAGAUUUUUAUGCGAAUGUUUCUAUGGUUAUAUUCAAUUUAUAAGGAAAAAGUGUAUUGGUGCAUGUUUUAUUAACCCAGACACAGAUAGUUAAAACAAUUAGUUUUUCUAUACCCAGUAGCUUUGAAUUAAAAACAGAUGCUUUUUCCCCAAGAGCAGAGGAGCCUUUGUUCUAGGAACUACAUUCUUUAAUCUAACAAAAGGAAUUGGUGAUAGGAGAAACAGGAUCCAGAAUUUGGAAUUUAAUGGCUUGGGGGAGGGGAAGUAUCUUACUCUGGCUAUUUGAAAUUAUAUUUAUUUGUAGAUAAAAGUCCAUAGUUAGUCUUGGAGAUCAAAAUUUUCACGUUUUAAAACUUUUUUCAUUCCUUUAUAUCUAUCAAAACCUGACAUAUGAUAGAGAACCAUUGUUCCUGUCAUGCUCAUGUAUUUUGGAAUUAAGUUGUUUGCAUUCACUGUCUUAACAUCUGCCCAUUUCUGCUUUUGUGUGUUUACCACAGAUGUUGGGUCUUUGCCUAAAGGGAGAGAAAUUUUAGCACCUGUAUCACUGAAGCAAUAGAAUGGUUGACAUCUGCAUUAUUUAACUUUCUUGAGUUUGUUUGGUUCGGUAGACAGUUUAUUUGGAGAAUACUUAUGUUUUAAUACAAAAAAUAUCACAGGCUUAAGGCAUGGAACCCACUAUGGUAGUGCUCACAUUUCGGUUUAUUUACCCAAGUUCAGAAACCAUAGGUGCAUACUUAGACCGUAACUUAGAGAAGGGAAUAAGGUGGUUCUAAACAUGCUGACAUGUCUCUCAGAUACCCUAGUUCUGGGUUCCUUAACUUAGAUUCACUGAGACAGAUCCUUGAGACCAUGUGACUAUAGAAUUUGCUUUUGACAUAAUUUUACACACUAAUAAUGGAUAGGAAUUGUCUUUCUUUUCAGUGGUUUCAUAUUGUGUACAGAAGUGUUCAUUCACCCAAGUUAAAAACAUUUAGUAAACUUAAGUUUUUGUAUAAACUACCCAUGCCAUAUGCGCUUUUCCCCCUAUAAUAUCAAUUUAAAUCUGUAAAAUUUCAUGCACAGCACUUAAGCAUACCUGGAGUCUGUCUGGGUGUUCUUCAUUCACCUACAAGGCUAAGCUUGACUGAUUUAUUUUAGGGAGCAACCCAGGGAGGGGCAACUUGGGACUUUUUCAAGACUAUUUCAUUUUUAAACUAUUCGCCAGAUAGGUAAAUCAGUUCAGUAAGGUAAAAAGCAUUUAGAAAUACAGAUAGGAAGAUAAGGAAACAUAACAACGUGCCACUUGGAGCUUUGAACUUGGAUAUGGUGAAUCAAAGAAUCGAUCAGAUACCCAGGUUUGAACCCGCACUUCUCUCUCAUACACAGUCCCUGGUCUCCUUCCUGGCUCCUUUCCUACAACAGUACCGAUUUCAUUAGGCUAUAUACUUACAAGUUCACAGCUUUUAGGAAAAAAGAGAGAGGGGGGAAAACAAUCUUGAAAGGAACUAUUGGCAGCUGUUAAAUCAGGUUGACCCACAAACCGGAAGAACUCUUGUUGAGCAAGACCAAUAAGUUAGCAUAGAAGACUUGAAUCAUUCUAGUUUUCUCCCUUUCUUUUCCUCCUCAUGAAAUCCGUGAUGAGGAACUGCUCUUUGGAAUGCCUCCAAAGGUAUUGUGUCCCUUUCUCCUCCAAGCAGCUUUCUUUAUGCAUUUUUGCUCAGGCAACCAAGGACUUAGAGUAUUGGCAGAAACAUGGAGUGCUUUUGUAUAGGCCAUCUGUACAUAAAAGUGUAAUUAUUUAUUUAAUUUUCCCAUUUGUAUCAUAUUAAAGCUUUGUACAGUGUUUUAAGUUCUGUUUUAAAAUUAUUUUGUAUUUUAUUUUUAUAAUCUAGUAAUAAAAUAUUCAUUCCGCAUGCAAA